GUGACAUAACCUCAGAAAGAGUGUCAUUCAAUGCGCUUCGGAGAGGUAUAAUUUUCUCGGUUUUUCGCGUAGAAAAAGUGUAAUGUUCAUUUUCUCCAUACUUGUGGGUGAAAUUUAGGGACUUUCCCGUGUGUUUGGCGUGUGAAAAUUACUUGUGCAACGUGAAAUAAGGGGAAAUGUGUGAAAUUCAAUUGUGAAAAACAUCUUCAUUGAAACGCUGUACUAGAUUUGGAGGCGUGAAGUGUGGCGCGAGUGGUCGGCCAUGUUGUUCUAAGGCGAACUGUCCCUCUCUUCAUCUCACUUUAUAUUGUCUCUCCAAUCGAGGGGUCAUUUACCCGUGCGUGUGUCUGGUCGUGUCGAAAUAAAUCCAUUUUACCCGUAUUUGCUGUGGCAUUUUCGGCAGAAAAACACCCAAAGUGUCUGCGCAACAGUGCACGGACUGUGUUUCGCGUGAAAUUCUGCGUGUGGGAGGCGUGAAAAGUGUGGAAAAGUCGCACUUGGGCAAUCUGUGCAGAGGAACACUCUGUUCUCUUGUGGCCGAGGCGACAUUGGUGUGUGCGAGAGAGACGGACUGAGUGGGUGAGGUGUGGGUGAGAGUGAGAGCGCGCGAGGUGGAAAAAGGUGGAGAGCCAGAAUAUUGACAAUUUUCUCUUUUGGGGGCAACCUUUGGGGUGAGACGGCGCCACGAAAGGCCAUUUUCCGUGCACUUUCCCACCGCAGCGCCCACAGGAGUGCAGGCGAUUUUCAUGCAUCUGCGACGAUUGAAAGUGGCACGCAUAUUCUAAAAUAAGAAUCCAGAUUGAUGCUGUAGUUAUUUUUUUCUUUCUGUAGCCAGAAAAGAAGAGGAAAGCCACUGAAUAUCCACUGCGGACAAGGAAAAGAGGUCGAGAGCGAGAGAGAGAAAGAGAAAGAGAGUUUCGGUGAGAGAGAGUCGCGAGGGAAAAAAAAUGGUGAAAAUGUUGGAAAUGCCGUUCCACAGUGUCCCAUUUUAACUGGUGAAAUUGCGCGACAGUGUGUCAGAGAGAAGGGAGGACAGAGGCGUCGCGACAGCGUGACACACAGAAGAAGGAGAAGAACGGGAAGGAGGUUCAAUUUCGUGAGCGUCUCGACGCGGGGCGGUGAAACACCCCCGGGCAGAUCUUUGGCUCAUCUGGUGGUGGCAGAACUACUAUGCUAAUGGAUAAAACAAAUCAAAAAUUGGCUAUGUACGUGUGCAGCUCGGGCACGGAUCUGUCGCGGCAGCGUCAUGCACCGCUGUACGGACGCCUGGUGGCGGAGGAGCACCUGCCGGCCACGCACAGGGAGAUCGUGCAGCGCCUCUCGUCGCCAGCGGCGUCGUCCACGGACAUCCGCGCCAUGCAGUCGCGCAUCCCGAUCCACUUCCGCGAGUCCAGCACGGCGCCGCUGCGGAAGCUGAGCGUGGACCUGAUCAAGACCUACAAGCACAUCAACGAGGUGUACUAUGCGAAGAAGAAGCGGCGCGCCCAGCAGACGCAUUGCGACGACUUGUCGCACAAGAAGGAGCGGAAGCUGUACAAUGACGGCUACGAUGACGAUAAUCAUGACUAUAUCAUAAAGCAUGGUGAGAAAUUCCUCGACAGAUACGAGAUUGACUCGCUUAUUGGCAAGGGCAGCUUUGGUCAAGUGGUGAAGGCGUUCGAUCACGAGGAGAAAUGCUAUGUGGCGAUUAAGAUCAUCAAGAAUAAGAAGCCCUUCUUGAAUCAGGCGCAAAUUGAGGUGCGACUCCUCGAGAUGAUGAACAGAGCCGACACGGAGAACAAAUACUACAUUGUGCGAUUAAAGAGGCAUUUCAUGUGGCGAAACCACCUCUGUCUAGUAUUUGAACUUCUAUCCUAUAAUUUAUACGAUCUACUGCGUAAUACAAAUUUUCGUGGCGUAUCACUUAAUUUAACCCGAAAAUUUGCUCAACAAUUAUGUACUGCAUUACUUUUUUUAAGUACCCCCGAACUGAGUAUAAUCCACUGUGAUCUCAAACCAGAGAAUAUUUUAUUAUGUAAUCCCAAACGAUCCGCAAUUAAGAUAGUAGAUUUCGGAAGUUCAUGUCAACUCGGUCAGAGGAUAUAUCAGUACAUCCAGUCGCGCUUCUAUCGCUCCCCCGAAGUCCUGCUGGGCAUCCCGUACGAUCUGGCGAUUGACAUGUGGUCGCUGGGCUGCAUCCUCGUGGAGAUGCACACGGGCGAGCCGCUGUUCUCUGGCUGCAAUGAGGUGGAUCAGAUGAACAAGGUGGUGGAGGUGCUGGGCAUGCCGCCCAAGCACUUGCUGGAUCAGGCGCACAAGACCCGCAAGUUCUUCGACAAGCUGCCGUCGGACGGGAGUUAUGUGCUGAAGAAGAACCACAAUGGGCGCAAGUACAAGCUGCCCGGCACCAGGAAGCUGCACGAGGUGCUGGGCGUGGAGACGGGCGGCCCGGGCGGACGGAGGGCAGGCGAGCCCGGGCACUCGGUGUCGGACUAUCUCAAGUUCAAGGAUCUUAUCUUUCGGAUGCUGGAGUUCGAUCCGAAGCUGCGCAUCACACCGUACUAUGCCUUGCAACACAACUUCUUCAAGCGAACCUCCGACGAGAGCACCAACACCAUCAACUCGGUCAACAGCAGUCCGUCGGUUAACUUGCAGGACCAACUCAUCCACGAUGACCGCCGAUGACUUGCCUUUGUGGAGGAACAGCCAGUGGCGAGAGAUUGAGGACAGGACAUCUCCACAGACAUCCGGUAAAUCCACACACACACAUACACACAUUCUUUCCGGGGGUGGUCAGCAAUGUAUUUUUGUAAUGUCGCGCAUUAACAGUUAGGACGCAAUCUUUUACCAAAAAACUAAAGAGAAGAACCGACGAUUAAAGUUUUUGAUUUUGUUCUUUGGUAAAGAAAAGAAGAAGAAAGAAAGACAGGAAAGAGAAGAAAACGAUGAUAAAGAAGACGAAGAGAAUAGAAAAGAAUCAACAUGAAUAUUUAUAAAAGGAGAGAUACGAAAAGAAAAAAAAACACAGAUUUAAUGAAGAGAAGAUGAAGAAAAACAACUAAAUAGUAAUUAAAUAUUCAAAUGUAAAUUCAUUUUAGUAAUUAUUUGAAGAAGAAAAACAAUAAAGUAAUAUAGUUGUAAUUUCCAA